CGGCGGCGGCGCGUGAAGCGCGUGAUUCCCCGCGUCUUGGGUAGCACUGCCUCCCCCCCGCCCCCCGCAUCCCCUGACCCCUUGUCACUCCCGCCGCCGCCGCCGCUGCCGCCGCCGCCGCCGCCAUGUCGGGCCGGUCGGUCCGGGCCGAAACCCGCAGCCGGGCCAAGGACGAUAUCAAGAAGGUGAUGGCCGCCAUCGAGAAAGUGCGGAAAUGGGAGAAAAAGUGGGUGACGGUGGGUGACACAUCCCUUAGGAUAUUUAAGUGGGUUCCUGUGACAGACAGCAAGGAGAAAGAAAAGUGCAAAUCAAACAACUCAGCCGCCCGAGAACCUAAUGGCUUUCCCUCCGAUACCUCUGCCAAUUCCUCCCUCCUCCUCGAAUUCCAAGAUGAGAACAGCAACCAGAGCUCUGUGUCGGACGUCUACCAGCUCAAGGUGGACAGCAGUACCAACUCGAGCCCCAGCCCCCAGCAGAGCGAGUCCCUGAGCCCAGCACACACCUCCGACUUCCGCACAGAUGACUCCCAGCCCCCCACGCUGGGCCAGGAGAUACUCGAGGAGCCCUCUCUGCCGGCCUCGGAGGUCGCCGAUGAGCCGCCCACCCUCACCAAGGAGGAGCCUGUGCCCCUGGAGAUACAGGUGGCUGAGGAGGAGGAAGACGCGAGUGCCCCGCCUCUGAAGCGCUUCUGUGUGGACCAGCCUGCAGUGCCACAGACAGCGUCUGAGAGCUAGCAGCGCCUGGCGCUCUCCAUCUGCAUCCAGCCCCUGCCUCUAUUUAUUGCGUUCUGGCUCUAGCCAUGCCGUGUUGCUGGGGUCGAGGGCAAGUGUGGGGGUGCAGAGCCUGCACGUAGGGAAGCGUCCAGCCUGAAAGCCAAACAAGGACUCGGGUCACUGCAUCACCUUCCUGUUCCUGGCACCUGCUUGCUGGGCCACUGAGCGGAAGAGUGCUCCUGUCCACUUUCCCAGGCUUUCUGUCACCCCCUGGGGCAAGACCUCUGGACAGAGCUGUUGGUGUGUCCGAGAGAGAGAGAGAGAGAGAGAGAGAGAGAGAGAGAGAGACAGAAAGAGAGACGAGAGAGACAGAGACAGAGAGAGAGAUGGGAGGGCCCCUGCAGGGGUACUUGAAAGGAUAAAGUGGCCAGUGGGACUGUGCCACAGGCUGUGGGCCCUGUAGGCUGCUGUUGGGAGGGACUGCGUGGGGCUGUGGAGGAUGGGGAAGAUGAAAGGCCAUCCCUGCUCUGCUGGGCGUCUCUGCCCCCACUGAGGUGGGUUCCCAUUGCUGAGGGUGCCCUGUGCCCUGCCCCUAACAGGCACACAUGCCCGCAGCUCCCUGCCCACCUGUACAUGCCAUUCCUGCCUCCUGCCAGACACUCUGCCUCAGCCAGAAUUCAGGGUUCUGACAUCAGCACCCAUUCUUCCCAGUACUCCUGCUCAGACUUUCUAGAAAGUUCCCUCUUAUUUGAAAUCUGCAUGUCCAGUUGAACUUUGCGAUUUAUUUUUGGUCUCAAAGAAGUUUAAGAAAAUGGAAAUGGACAACAGCGAGUGAAGACAUAUUUUAGCACUGGAUAGAAUAUUUUUAAAAUUAAACUAUUUGAAAUACGUC